GGGACGCGUCACGUGGGCGAGAGGGCGCCGCCGUGAGGGACUGGCGGGGCGGUGGGCGCUCACAGGGCGCGGGGCUGCAGCCAUGUUCGGGGCUCUGGGGCGCUGCUUCGAGGAGGAUCCGUUCUUCCGCGACCCUUUUGCCGCACACCAUGAAUACAUGCGGCAGAUGAUGAGGAGCUUUUCUGAUCCUUUUGGCCGAGAUCCAUUUCUCAGUAUAACAGAUGGCAGGGAGAGAACGGCGGAUCGAAGAGCACGCCAGGAUUCUCAGGUUGCUCUGAGAGGAAAUCGCAGAGCAACAAGCUAUUCCCUCCUGCCCUUUUCAGGCUUUGGGAGAGUGGUUGGUAUCCCAGAAGAAACAGUUUGUGUAACUCUUGCUAAAACGUGUACUGUCUGCAUAACUAGAGCAUGGACAAAGCAAGAUGCAGAUUUUGGGGAUCCUUUUUUUGCAAUGGACAGAAUGAUGUCAAAUAUGAGAAACAGCAUGCUGGAGAUGCAAAGAAAAUUUGAUGACCUGUCUGUGCACCCAGAUGCACACACCUUCAGCUCCUCCUCUGUGAUGACGUACUCCAAAGUGGGCGAUGAACCUCCCAAAGUUUUCCAAGCUGCAGCUCAGACGCGCACGGCUCCAGGAGGUGUAAGUAGGCUUGAGAUGCAGCAGGAAGGUGGUAUGUUGUUAUUGCAGAGCAAGGUCUUCUAUGGUUUCUCUGCUUAUUCCUGUAGCAGACAGGUUAAGGAAAUAAGAAAAGCACUGAAGGAUUCUGAAAGUGGAGUGGAAAAAAUGGCUAUUGGUCAUCACAUCCGUGAUCGUGCCCACGUUGUGAAAAAAUCAAAGAACAGGAAGACUGGUGAUGAAGAAAUGAACCAAGAGUUCAUCAACUUGGAUGAAAAUGAGGCUCAGUCUUUUGAUGAGGAGUGGCAGAAAGAGAUUUCCAAGUUCAAGCCAUCGAGAAGCAGGUGCAAUUUAGAUGCUCCAAGAGAGAAACCACUCGCGUCUGUGGGCUUCAGGGGACCGAGAGUUUCCAUGGAGAACAACCUCAGUGUGAAAGGAACACACGUUCCCAUCAAAAGCAGCAAGAAGUAGUCCAUUGGGAUGCAGUUUGUUCAGAAAAAAUGGUGCUGCACUGCUCCUGUUAAUAUAAGUAUACACGUACAUAUGACCAAUCUGUCUUUUGUUUUAGUGUUAGUUUGCCUUGCUACUCUAAUCUUUUGACUACUGAAUGUUGUAUAAACCUUUGGAUCUGAGGUUAAGUCAUUUUAAAAGGAAAGACAAGAAGCAAGCAAAAAAAAAACACAAAACCAACAAAAAGUCCUGUCCACUUAGAAGCACUUUAAUGGUUUAUCACCAAUUCUGAUGUAAAACAUCUGCUUUGGUAGCAAAGUCGUUUUUUCCACCACAGUUGCACCAUUCUCAGACUCUUUGUUAACCCCAGUGAAACCACCUUUUCCCCUCCACACUGUAUAACUCACACAGAAAGUAAAUUCUCCUCUUUUGUCACAAUAAUUAUUAAUUGUUUUGGUGACGAAGCAGUCGGUAGGAAUUACAGUACACUGUAGGCACUGCAUAUACAGAUUUAAAAUCAUAUGGUAAAUUGGUACAGAAUUCCCAAAUUCAUCUUGAUUUUAAAACAAAGAAGAGUGAGAAGAAUACUAAAAUAGCAAAUGCUUCUUUAUGUGUUAGUUAAUCAACAUUAUGUUCAUAAAUGGUGCUCGCAUCCCUCGUUCUCUGCCCCUAGGCUGUUAUUCUCAUAUUUCUGAUCCUUUGUUUCUUUUGGAGAUGGCGCUUUAUUUUUCAUUCCUGAAGGCCAUCUGUAGUAUUUUUCAAUUAUCCUGUGAUAAUACUCAGAUGGAACUAUUACUUCAUUGGAGAAAUGGUUCAGCAGAGAGCAGUUCAGCUGGAUAAUGGCUGCACCAUUUCUUCUGUUCCAGAAAGCUAAAAUAUCCCUCUGCACAGGAAGCCAUUUUCUGCCUCAGCUGAGGUGAGCUCUGUGAUGUUUUCUGCCCUGAAUAGUAGAGCUAGAAGGAUCCUGAAAGCUAACACUUGGUUUCCCUCAGUACUUCUGUCAUUAUUGUUUGGUGGAAGAGUCUGGUGUUCAUGAGGAAAGCAAACUGUGACUGAGAACUGGAAAUGUCUUUGUAUUACAAGUGUUGAGUUUGUGUGCUGUCAAAUUCGGAAUUGAUCUCAUGUUGUAGAGGAAAUAAUUUCUGUAGGCUGUAGCAUAUAUGCCGUAGUGUAAAUGCUAUGAACUGAAGGCUAAGACAGCGUAGCCUUCGAAAAAGACACUGUUUGUAUGAUAAAAGAAAAAUAGUUUAAUAUUCAUACAGCUAAAAAGGAAAUAAGUUUCUCUGAGGAAGUUGUUUAAUCUGAGGAAUCUAUAAAAAAGUGUAUUUUAUUAACAUGCAAAAAAAAAAAACAACCAACAAACCUGAAGGGCAGUUGUCACUGCCAUGGCAGAAAUUUCCCAAUGAUAAACAACAGAAAACAUUACCAUGCUGUCACUUAAGCAGAAAUCUUUGAUUUGAGGGGUGCUUCUAAUUCACAGAGCAUUCAUCUGUCCAUCAUCUGACCACUUACAUUCUUGCCUGUGCUCCUGGGAUGGGUGAACAUACAGAGAGAACAGCACUGGUUGUGAAAUUACAUUGGGAAGAGGCAAACGUGAUGGAUCACUUUGUCAUGCACAGCAAUGUGAAAAUGUUAUGCAAGAAAUUGUUCUACGUAGGAACACCUGAAACUUUAAUUCUUUAAUAAAGAGCUAUUUAUUGUUUA